AUGGUGUAUUCAAAGGAGGUGAUGGAAGUUGUACAAGAUCCUCUGGUGAUUGAAGUUGUCUCAAAAAAGGUAGGUGAAGAGAAAGAUGAUGCGGACAAGGGUGAGUAUGCUAGUAAAAAUGGGAGUGAAGAGGUGGCUGAAAAGGAAAAUGGAGAGAAGGAGGUAGAUCACGCUCUGGAAAUAGUGGCAAGAGACACUAGUGCUGACAAAGGGAAACAAAUUGCUACUAAUUCAGAUGACUUUGGUCAAGGACCUAUUGACCUGAGCUCAUUAUCUUUCAUUCAAGCAAUAAAUUUGGAAACUCUCACUCAAGCUAAAGCCAGUGAGGACUUGCUUGAGUCCCAUUCUACUAACAAAGAUUUGAUAUCUUUGGCAGGAUACAUGUUGGAGAAAAUUUUGCCAUCUUUCAAACCAGACACAUCUCAUCCCUUCAUUGAGCUUAAGAUUGAUGAUGAUAAUGCCAAUGUUGAUACCUCUAGUGAAGUUGUACAAUAUCCUCUGAUGAUCGAAGUUGUCUCAGAAAAGGUAGAUGAGGAGAAAGAUGAUGCAGACAAGGGUGAGUAUGCUAGUAAAAAUGGGAGUGAAGAGGUGGCUGAAAAGGAAAAAGGUGAGAAGGAGGCAGAUCAGACUCUAGCAACAGUGAUUAAGUCCUAUCCUCUGAUCACCCAACAAGUUUCAGCUGAGAAACUUCAGGACAUAGAUCAAGGUACAAAGGAUCAAAAGAUUAAACCAGAUGAAUCUACCUCUCAGGCCAUCGAUGAUCAAUCUUCCAAAGUACCAUCAAGCACCGAGAUAAUUGCCACUGAAACUCCAAGCAAGGAAACACCAAAGGUUACAACAGAGGCUAUAGGAACUGACACAAGUGUUGUCUCUACCGAGCAACAUACCAAGGAAGGACAAGUCUCAAAAGCCCUUGUACCCAUUCAACCAGAGAAGGCAUCAUCAUCAAAGGAGAAGAAAGAAAAAAGACAUAGUUUUAUGAUAGAUCUAUCUAAGCCCAUUGUUUUACCGAAUGUUGACAUUAUAAAAUUGAAAGGGAAAGCACUGAUAAAAUUCGGUAAGCUUUGUAAAGCCAAAGCAGAGCAAGAAAGACAGAUAGCUAUUCAGCAGAAGAACCAAGUACUUUAG